AGUACGCGGUGGUGUCACGGCUGCAGGGCGGGAAUCUCUCACACCGCGCUUCCUCUACACACAAGGACGCUGCUGGAGGAGACUGAACUUCUCGGGGUCUUUUAGCGACAUACAGUACAUCGGUAUCACUUGUAGUGAUUGUAGUCCGAGAGCAUGAACAGCAUGAAGAAGCUGGAUGUCCCUCAGCUGAGUAAUGAGAUGCAGCUGAAAAUUAUGCACAUGGUGAAGAGUGGAGAGCUGAGCAUCGACGACGCUCUGGACCAGGCCAGAAAAGACAAACUGCAGCUGCUCCACAAGAGCUUCGAUUUAGAGGAAAAACAAGCCUCCCAGUACAACUUCAGUGUGCAUAAAUUUAAUGCUUACAGAUGGCAAAAGCGAGUACUCCAGAUUGAUUUCUGCACAAAGCUGCUUUGCAGUAUUGAGAAAGGAAUUGUGAAGAGGCAGUUUCCAUUUGCGACCAUUAAAAACUGCCAUGAUGCUGCAGGGACCAGGUUCACUGUGUCCUUCAAGAACCAUCAUGAAUAUGAGCUAGAGGCUAUGUCUCCACAGGACAAGCAAAAAAUGCUGGAACUGAUAAAUCAAAUUAUUUACAAGAAUAUUCAGCCUGUAGAUGUUUAUGAGGAGCUUGAGGAGCCACCAGUGUCCAUGAAACCGCUUCAUGAGGGCCAGCUGCUUCUGCAGCGAGGAGGACUAGCAUCGUUCAAAUGGAAGAAGUAUGAAGCACAUCUCUAUACAGGACACCUGACCCUGCUCUCAACAGGACUUUCGCAGUAUGAGGAUGAAGCCGACAUCCCCAUGUCCUCCACUCUGCCAAUCAUCAUUCACAUUUCUGAUGGCAAUGCCAGUGUGAAGAGCCACCGCACCUCUGACUCCCUGUUUGUGCUUCUCACUAACAAUAAUGUGUUCCAUUUCCGCAUUCCAAUCAAUGGACAGAGGAGUGGAGAAGAUGUAAGGAGUGAACGGGAUGCCUGGGUUGAAGCUAUUGACGUCUUAUGUAUGGACUGGAAAAGCAAAUCUCAGUCUGAACAUGUGUAUGAAGAACUCAGAAGUUGUGCCAAGAUUGCACAAAGCAUGAACGAGUGUAGGACUAAAGAAGAGAGAGAACCAGAGGCUGACAGGAUGCAGCAAAAUAGUGGAUCUGCUUUAGUUCAACCGAUUCCAAGACCACGGGUAUCCACUCCAAAUGCACCUGUUCCGUUGCCAAGGGCCCCUCCGGUGCUUGAACCGGUGCCUGAGUUAAAGUUACCGUCCACACUAGUGAAAACUGCAGAGCCAGAACCAAUACCACAACUUGCAGCUGUGAUAUCACCGAUGUUCACUUCAGCACUAAUUCCCUCUCCUCCUCUGCCACCUCCUCUGCCCAGGAAGACUAUGACAAAAACGGUGACAGAGAGAACCAAGGCCUUUCACUGGGAUAUCAUUAUGCAAGACAAGAUUGCGAAGACAUUGUGGGCACGGGGAAGUCUUCGAGAAAUUAAAAUCGACACACCUCGUCUGUAUGAGCAAUUCGGAGUCAAAGACCUGGGGCACUUUUCGAACACAGAGACCAGUAAUCACGUCGAAAUCCUGCUGAGUGCAAAAAUCGCACACAACUUCAACAUUUUCCUCAAAAGUUUCCCAGUGCAGCCUAAAGAGCUCAAGGACAAAUUGUUCAUUGUUGAUGAAGGAGAAGGAGGCCUCUCUGAUGAACACAUUGCUUCUCUCAGGAGGUAUGUGCCCACUCCAGAUGAUAUAGAGAUGUACAAGUCUUAUAAAGGAGACGUGAGCGAACUGCACAUGGUUGAUCAAUACAUGAUGGAGAUGUGUAACAUCACUUACCUAAGCACGCGACUGGACCUUCUGCUAACUCUCAGAGAGCUGCCCAUCAGCAUCGAAGACCUAACACCGCUGAUUAACCAGAAGAUUGUCAUGUGUCGUCAGCUGUGGGGCUGUGAAUCGUUCGUGUUCGUGCUCGAGUACCUGCUGACCAUCGGCAAUUACCUCAACCAGCACGCAGGCAAAGAAAAGGCCAAGGGAUUCCGUCUCUCAUCCUUAACGAAGCUCACACAACUGCGUGGGAAUGAGAAGAAGUUCACCUUGCUGCAUGCCCUUGUGGAGCAGAUCAUGUUGCACGAGCCCAGUUUGGCUACGUUUUUCCAGGAGUUGACAGAAUUUGAGACCGUCCCAGGGGCAUCAAUUAAAGGCCUUACAGCUGAGGUGGAUGUUGUGAAGAAUGAGCUACAGAAGGUCAUUCAGUACAGGAAAACAUACAAGUGGAAAAACUUAGGCAUCCAGCACUCCAAAUUCUCCAAAGACCUAAAGAUGGCCAUCGAGAAGUAUGAGGCUGAUCUUAGCCAGUUGACGAAGAGGUGCGCUGAGAUGAGGAAACUCUACGCUGACAUAUUGGUGAAAUUCGGAGAGCCUUCGGAUCAAGAUUCUCAGGAAGUGAUGGGCUGGGUUUGCCAGUUUAUCAACGAAUUCAAAAGGAUUCAUGCAGAGUUCACACAUUGAGAUUUGCCAUCAACGGUGUGUCUGUUGGUGUCUUUGUGCGUGUGUGUGUGUUUGUGUGUUCGUGUACGAGUGUGUGCUUUUGUGUAUGACUAAGAAGCCUGACCUGGCCUCUCAAGCAUAACAGAGAAGGCGUGUCAAUCCAAAGACCAUUUGAAUGUCAGUCUAAACUAAAGAGCAAGGUUUUCAGCGAGCAUCCUAAUCCAAGGGUUUAGUGAAGGAUUUGCUGGAUCUAUCGCCGAUCCGGUGUUUACUUUGAUUAAAAGUCUUUGGCAGAUUUACUGAAUGCUGAAAGCAUCUCUCUUACUCCAGUCCAUAACAAAGAGGACUGCUAGAUGCACUGCUAGCUCAGGAGAAACGGCUCGGUUGGAAGCCGAUAUAGAUCGCCUGUUACUUUUCUGCUCCUGCUCUUUCAAUGGAAGUUACUGGGCUGGAGAUGACAAACGGGGGCUGCCAAGCUACCAGCGUGCACCCGGCUGCCCGAGAAGGAGGGAGGGCAGCAGUGGCCAAAGCCUGAUGAACCCCCAUGCACACAGAGUUUCUCCAGACUCUCCGACAUGAAGACCUCACUGGAAUGCUUUUGUUCCUCCCCUUCAUUUAAAUUAGCUUUGCAGAUAAGCCAUGUUUUAGAUUGAUUUUCUCUGUGACUUGAGGGAGCACAGGGCUUUAUGUGUCUUACAUUUUAAGCAGACAUCAAGAGCCAGACAGAUGUGUCCUUGAUUUUAAAAAGCUAAAUAUUUCGGAAUAAUGGAAGUCUGGGCAGCUCAUUGCUCACAUGUGCCACAGGGCAGUAUUUCAAAGAAACCGAUUUCUAUCGAAAACAUAAGCAUUGCAGCAUACAGUAUAUAGGAAUAGGCCAGAGAUAAUCAGAAUAAUGUGUUCAGUAAUUCAGAAUGAGAAAGGAAACCUAAAAAAAGUUAGAUUUUAGGCAUUGUGCACAGUACGGUGAAACAAUAAAACUGAACUGAUUAAACUGAUAUAAUGUUUUUAUUGCAUAUGUCUCUGGGAUGUCUGCACACCCUGGAGGAGUUUUAUAAUACUCCAAUCAUCUUCUCUGUCUAGCAGACAAAAAUCCCUCCUUUCUGUACGGUAGAUGUGCGAUUUGUAAUGACACAAUAACACGGCAGAAACUGAAACUUGAAUUGAUCCUCGAAACACAUUGGUAUAUGGAGAGAAGGUUAGCACUGCUUGUUCAGUCCACAGACAUCUCAGAAAAGCAAGAUGUAUAACGCAGACAAGCUCUUAUUUGAUUUACAACUUUUAAACAGUUGGGUUUAAAGACAUCUGUGCAUAAAAAACAAAGAAACUUAGAUUGGAAAUUUAUGUUCAGACCCAUAUAUAAAUUUUUUUUUUUUUUAAAUCAAGCUAUGCCACUUUGUGUUAUGUUCACACCUU